AUGCAAACCGGCAGGGCUCCGGCCAUCAGCGUCAGCGCGGAGAGCUGCAUCCCGGCUGGGCUGCGCCUGGGUCCUGUGCCGGGCACCUUCAAACUGGGCAAGUACCUGUCAGACCGCAAGGAGCCAGGACCCAAAAAAAAGGUGCGGAUGGUCAGAGGGGAAUUAGUGGAUGAAGCCGGGAGCUCAGCUCUGGAAUGGAUAGGGUUAAUCCGAGCUGCCCGAAACUCCCAAGAGCAGACACUGGAGGCUGUUGCGGAUCUGCCAGGAGGACAGAUUUUCUACCGGGCGCUGCGAGAUGUCCAGCCGGGAGAGGAGCUCACCGUCUGGUACUCCAACCCUCUGGCGCAGUGGUUUGACAUCCCCGUCACGGCCACGCCGACGCACGACGAGAAAGGGGAGGAGCGGUACAUCUGCUGGUACUGCUGGAGGACCUUCAAGUACCCCAACAGCCUCAAGGCCCACGUCCACUUCCACUGCGCUCUGAGCCACGGCCGGCCCUUCCCCCAUCACGACCACGGCCGGCCCGCUGCCACAGCCUUCGGCCUGCCCCCCAAGGAGCCCCGGCCCGCCUCGCUGCGCGGCCACCCGCCGCCCGGCUGCGGCCCUCGGGAGGCCGUCAAGCGGGAGGCCGUCGCCGCCUCCCCGCCGCUCGCCAAGCCGGCGCUGCCUAAGCGGGCGACGGGCAAGGAGGAGCAGGAGCGCGCCCUGGACAUGAGCGUGGGGGCCGCCCGCGGGCCGGGGCCGCUGCUGGGGCCAGCGGGCGGCAACGGGCUGGCGCUGUGCCCCGGGGCGCGCUCGGCCUUCCGCCCCGCCGGCUCGCUGCGGGAAGAGGCGCGGAGCGCCGCCGCCCUCGGCUUCUCCAAACUGCUGGGGGACUGAACGGGACGUGCCGCCGCCGAGGCGCCGCCUAAGUGCGGAGCGCUGCCGGGGGAGGCCGCCCCGCAGGCAGCGGCGGCGGGGCUGGCUUGUGGCGGCGGGCUGCGCGCCUUCCCGCUCCUGUCGCCGCUGGAGGAGGCCUCGGCCUUCCGGCAGGUGGAGCGGGGGCUGCCCGCGGCCGCGCUGCCGCCCGCCCGCUACCCGCCGCUGCCCGGCGGGGCCCUGGAGCGCUUCGCGCUGCCGCCCUUCGAGGGGCUGAAGGCGUACGCGGGGGAGUGCGGGCUGCCGGUGAUGCCGCUCACCGUCUACAACGGGGAGCUGCUCUACGGGGCCGCGCCCUACUACCCGCUGAAGCUGCACCUCGGCGGCCUCCUCAAGUACCCCGAGUCGGUGUCGUACUUCGCGGGACCGGCGGCGGGUCUCCACGCCGCAGAGCUGGGCUCGCUGGCCAGCAUCGACCGGGAGAUCGCCAUGCACACGCAGCAGCUCUCCGAGCUGGCGGCCGAGAAAGGCCGAGGGAGGCUGGAGGCGCUGCCGGCGGGGGCGGCCGGGGCGGCCGGAGGGAAACCCAAGACCGGGCACCUGUGCCUGUACUGCGGGAAGCUGUACUCCCGCAAGUACGGGCUGAAAAUCCACAUGCGGACUCACACCGGCUACAAGCCGCUUAAGUGCAAGGUCUGUCUGCGGCCCUUCGGGGAUCCCAGCAAUCUCAACAAACACAUCCGCCUGCACGCCGAGGGCAACACGCCCUACCGCUGCGAGUACUGCGGCAAGGUGCUGGUGCGGCGCCGCGACCUGGAGCGGCACGUCAAAUCCCGGCACCCGGGGCAGAGCCUCGGCAAGGCGGCCGAGGACAAGAGUGACUCUGGCUACGCGCAGCCCGAGCAGGAGCAAAAGACUGACAACGAGAGCGACGUGGACGUCUGCUUCACCGACGACCAGAGCGACCAGGAGAGCUGCAGCCGGCACCGCGAGCAGUGA